UCAGAUCGUAAUCGAAAGGUCGCGGCAGAGCAGCUGCACACACGGCACAAAGUCGCGUCUUUUACACACACACAUACACACUCGGCUCAGUGGACUGAAAGAAUCCGCGAGAGAUUAGAGAGAGAGCACGUGUCGCGCGUUAAAUUCGAUUAUAGGUUUGACACUAUAGUUAAGACGUGGCGCACUGUCGGGCGCUGCUACUGGAACUUCCUCGUCCAGCAGUUGUGUCCGCAAAGUAGCAGCGGCAGGACGACAACUGGUAGCAGCAGGAACGCAGCCACAGCAGCUACGGACACCGAGAGCGACUUGUACUUGACUUGGCGUACCCAAUUAGGAUUUUCAAUCAUGUUGCAAAAAGGCCCUCGUCCAAUUGUCUUUUGUGGACCAUCAGGCAGUGGUAAGAGCACAUUGAUCAAGUUGCUCUUUGAUGAAUAUCCAGACAAAUUUGGAUUCUCUGUAUCACAUACCACUAGAAAUCCAAGACCAGGUGAAGAAAAUGGAAAACAUUAUUACUUCACUACCAAAGAUGAUAUGCAGAAACAAAUUGAUUCUGGAGAGUUCAUAGAAACUGCAGUAUUUGGCAAUAACAUGUAUGGCACAAGCAAACAAGCAAUUGAAGACGUUCAAUGUACUGGAAAAAUUUGUGUUCUGGAUAUAGAGAUUGAAGGAGUAAAACAAAUUAAAGCUAGCCCACUUCAACCUCUCUUCAUUUUUAUCAAACCACCAUCAAUUGAAGAGUUAGAGAACCGUUUGAAAAAAAGAGGUACAGAAUCUCAAGAAUCUCUUCAACGAAGGUUAGCAAGUGCUAAAACUGAAAUUGAAUUUGGUGAAACUCCAGGCAAUUUUGACUUGAUAGUAGAAAACGAUAAUGUAGAGAAAGCUUAUGAAAAACUUAGAAACUUUAUAAUGUCACAGACAAAUCAGCAAAACCAGAACGGUAUAUCAUAAAUAUUAAAAAUUUGGUUCAAUUCAUAUUUCCUGUGUCCAUUGGCAAGGAUCAAUGGAGAAACUUGCCAAGUGCCAAAAGCUUCUAUUAGAAAUCGAUCUCAGGAAAAAUGUUUGCUUAAACAAUCUUCAUCAGUGUAUUUGUAAGAAAAAAAUUAACAAGUAUUAUAUAAUAAUGUGAGAAAAUGUGAUGAGAGACUAAUGUAUUUAUGCAAUGCAUCAAGCAAAGUUGAUAGCAAAAAGGAACUAACUGUUGUUGUUAAACUGCAUUUAUUUGGUGUUAUAUUACAGUAAGCAUUGAUUUUUAUUUUUUUUACAAUUAAUCUGAUAUUUUUUAAAUAUCAUUCAUUUAUUACAAUGUGUUUGAUAAACUUAUAGGGGCAUUUGCUGCAUUGCGAAAUAUAUUGAAAUGAAAUUUUAAUAUUAAAUAGUAGAAACAUUUUAUAGAGUAAAAUUUACACUUACCUAGCAGCAUUAUUAAAUAAAUUUUUUUAUGAUUUUAAAAUUUGAUAAAAAGAAACUAAUGUAGUAUGAUCUGACUUGAAAAAAUUUUUGCUAAUCUGGCUUGACGAAUUUACAACUUCAUUUUCAGAUAAGAUAAAAUUUGUUAUGUUUAUUGUAAAAUGUUAAAAUAUGGGCAUAGUAAGAUAUGUAAUAUAAAAUAGUUCAGUGAAAGCUAAAUAGUUAUCCAUUUAUUUGACUUGAUUGUUAUUUCAAUUUAAACUGCAGUUAGAUCGACUUCCAUUGCGUUACAAAGAUCAAAGUUUUGUAAGAUCAAUAGCUUGUCAAGACAGAAUUAGUUUUCUUGACAAAUGUUUUUAUGUAAGCAUGACUUUUUAUUCGUUGUCAAGUUAACACUUUUUCGUCAUUGCUUUAUUACUUUUUACGCAAUGAAAAUUUAAAUUUAGCAAAUUAAUACCAGUGAUGCUCUAACAUUUAAAAUUUUUUGUUAUCGUAGGAUUAGAAUACUCUAGAAACAUCAGUUACGUAAUAAAAAGUAGUAUGUAAUGAGAAAAAAAAACUGAGAGUACCCACCACUACGGCAAUUGUGUUUCGUUAGUUUAAGAAGUGUCAUAUUGUUAUAAUUAAUAUCAUGUUGAUAAAAAAAAUGAAACUGUUACUUGAAUUGUAAAUUAAAAAUAGGUUUGGUAGAUCACUUUUUGAUCAUAUUACACUCGAGUUUUGUCGACAUUAUAAAGUCAUGUUAAAAAAAAAUGCUGAUGAUAAUGCACAAGAUGUGAAAAAAAUAAAAAAAUGAAAAAGCAUGAAACUCUGCUGUGUGCUCUUGUGGAGUAGCGUUAUUCACGAUAAUCAUUUAUGUAAUGCACAUACUUAUAGAAGCUCGCUUGAACACGUCGUUGAAAUUUAUCAUGUUAACGCGGUUUGUGUUUUUUUGGUUUUUUUUUAUGACGAAUAAUCUAUCGAAGUAUUAUAAAACUUAAAAUCAUGUAAAAGCAUGCGCUACUCUUGAGUACAAAAU